CUAUAAAUACAGAGUUUGGUUUGGUCUAAAAAUCUUGAGAACUCUUGUAUAUCUCUCUCUGGGUUUUUGUGUUUCUCCAAAACUCAGCACUUGAAACUCAAGAAAAAGCCAUGGGAACUCAAGCUCCGACCAACCAGAGCAACUAUGAUGAUCAGAAUGAUGAAAAAAGAGCAAGGCAGAAGGCAAUAGACGAUUGGCUACCAAUCACAUCUUCAAGGAAUGCAAAAUGGUGGUACUCAGCUUUCCACAAUGUCACGGCCAUGGUUGGAGCUGGUGUCCUCAGUCUCCCUUACGCUAUGGCACAACUAGGCUGGGGUCCUGGUGUGGCAGUCCUAAUCCUCUCAUGGAUCAUAACACUGUACACACUAUGGCAAAUGGUGGAAAUGCAUGAAAUGGUUCCAGGCAAACGUUUUGACAGAUAUCACGAACUGGGUCAGCAUGCCUUUGGUGAAAAGCUUGGUCUUUACAUUGUGGUGCCUCAACAACUCAUAGUUGAAGUUAGUGUCAACAUAGUAUACAUGGUCACUGGAGGAAAAUCACUCAAGAAGUUCCAUGAUGUUGUUUGCAAAGACUGCAAAGACAUCAAAUUAACUUACUUCAUUAUGAUCUUUGCCUCUGUUCACUUUGUACUCUCCCAUCUCCCCAACUUCAACUCCAUCUCGGGUGUCUCCUUAUGCGCGGCAGUCAUGUCCUUGAGUUACUCAACUAUUGCCUGGUCAGCUUCUGUGGAAAAGGGUGUUCAGCCAGAUGUGGAUUAUAGCUACAAAGCCAAAACUGACGCAGGAGUUGUGCUCAACUUCUUUAGUGCCUUAGGAGAUGUGGCAUUUGCCUAUGCUGGCCACAAUGUGGUGCUUGAGAUCCAAGCCACCAUUCCAUCAACCCCUGAGAAGCCUUCUAAGGGCCCUAUGUGGAGAGGUGUCAUUGUGGCUUACAUAGUGGUUGCACUGUGUUACUUCCCAGUUGCUUUGAUUGGAUAUUGGGUGUUUGGAAACAAGAUUGAAGAUAACAUUCUUAUAUCAUUGGAGAAACCUGCUUGGUUAAUUGCAAUGGCUAACCUUUUUGUUGUUAUCCAUGUUAUUGGAAGCUAUCAGAUUUACGCAAUGCCGGUGUUUGACAUGAUAGAAACUGUUCUGGUUAAGAAGCUUAACUUCAGGCCUACUUUCAUGCUUCGUUUCAUUACUCGUAACAUUUAUGUUGCAUUCACUAUGUUUGUAGGCAUGACUUUCCCAUUCUUUGGGGGUCUUCUUGGAUUCUUUGGAGGAUUUGCUUUUGCCCCAACAACUUACUUUCUGCCUUGCAUAAUGUGGCUUGCCAUCUAUAAGCCAAGGAGAUUUAGCUUGUCUUGGUGGGCUAAUUGGGUUUGCAUUGUGUUUGGACUACUUUUGAUGACUUUAGCACCAAUUGGAGGACUCAGACAAAUCAUUAUCUCCUCCAAAGGCUACAAGUUUUACUCUUAAAUUUUCUAGUCUCCUAUCUAUAAGGGUCCAAACUUUGCUUUAUUAAGCAAAUUUGUAGAAAGAAGAAAAGUAAACCAGUGAAAAGGAUGUAGUGUUUGGAAGGAGGACAAACACAACAUGGAUUUUUGUUCUCUUGGUGAAAAGUCUAAGCUGAUUUUGGAAAGAAAAUAAUUCUCACCAUGAGUCCGAAUCAUCAGAGCUAUCCCAAGCCCUUAAUCUUUCCUAUGGUUGUUUUUCUUAGUGUGCUUUGUAUGUAUCCACAGUCUCUUAAUGUAUUUUGUUUCUGGGGUUCUUUGUCAGAGGGGUGUGAAUGUCUUGCCUUAUUUAAAUAUACACAGAUUCUUAUUCUAGAAUAUGAGUUUGAGCCAUUUGUUCC